AAAGAGCUCUGGCCCUCCCCUUCCCGGAGCUGCGCCCGGCAUGUUCUUGCGGGAGCGGAGUGGGUUUGCCUGGAGGGCGUGAGCCGAGGGCGGCAGUGCGCCAGAGCCCGGGAGAGGUGCGGAGGCGCGAGAGGAAGACCUGGAGGGACCGGCGAGCGCGCGAGCCGAGAUCUCCCGGCUGGAGGUGUCUGCGCCGCUCCCGGCUCCGCCCCGCUCCGCACGGCGCUGGGCCCUAGGAGGGGCACGCCUGUCAGGAGCCUCGGAAGCCGCCAGCCCCAGAAGAUGCCUGCCUUCAACAGAUUGUUUCCCCUGGCUUCUCUCGUGCUCAUCUACUGGGUCAGUGUCUGCUUCCCUGUGUGUGUGGAAGUGCCCUCGGAGACGGAGGCCGUGCAGGGCAACCCCAUGAAGCUGCGCUGCAUCUCCUGCAUGAAGAGAGAGGAGGUGGAGGCCACCACGGUGGUGGAAUGGUUCUACAGGCCCGAGGGCGGUAAAGAUUUCCUUAUCUAUGAGUAUCGGAAUGGCCACCAGGAGGUGGAAAGCCCCUUUCAGGGGCGUCUGCAGUGGAAUGGAAGCAAGGACCUGCAGGACGUGUCCAUCACUGUGCUCAACGUCACUCUGAAUGACUCUGGCCUCUACACCUGCAAUGUGUCCCGGGAGUUUGAGUUUGAGGCGCAUCGGCCUUUUGUGAAGACGACGCGGCUGAUCCCCCUAGAGUCACCGAGGAGGAUUAAGAAACUGAGUCUUACCGGAGAGGACUUCACCUCUGUGGUCUCCGAAAUCAUGAUGUACAUCCUUCUGGUCUUCCUCACCUGUUCUGACUACCUUGCCAUCCCAUCCGAGAACAAGGAGAACUCUGGGGUACCAGUGGAGGAAUAG